AUGGAAGACUUCACCGAUGACUUGGCUGGCGAGCUCGAUGAUCUACGGGGCCUGCCUCGAUUGAGCCCAGAUGAGGAUCUAAAUAUUUCAGAGUUUUUCAAUACCAGUCCACCACCAUACAACAAGUCACAAGUCACACAUCGUACUAGUGACCAGUUGACCAACGAACCAACAGGCGGGAGGGAGGCGGAUGUCGCAACACUGACUCUGUCAAAUAUUGCUUCACGAGAGCAAGAAGUAAUUUAUAUCCCAUCGAGCCCGAUAACGGAAGCGGAAGCAGAAUCGGCAAUUUACAACUCCUCGGUGCAGGACAGCAGCGUGGAGCCAGGCGACCUAUUUAGAACCGAAGAUAUGGACAUUCAACUGUCACCAGCAAAGGGUCCGCGCACAUCAUCCCGAUUAACACAAGAAGCACAUAAACAACCUACUGAAAAGUUUACUUACAACCUUUUCGAUUGUGCUAAGAGAAUAACCCCUGAAAAGAGAAAUAGUGUUACCUCAAGCCUGGGUAGUCCAUCGGGCGAGGAUGAUGGCAUAGCAAUGUUUCGCUAUGAAUCCAAGAGCAGAAAAAUCUCCAGCGUGCCAGCAAGUAGAGCACAAAAUAAAGAGCCACGAUGGGUCAUUACUCAAAACACGGAUAUUAGUGACAGCGACGAUGAGGAUGCCGCCGAAGUGAGCAUAGCGAAAAGCCUUCUGCCCUUAUUUUCGAGGGUAAAAGAGAGUCUGGACGACCUCAAUGAGCAAGUCAAGCAAAUGGAACUGCGGCUAGAAGGCGACGUUCAUAAGACGGUCCAAAAAAAACGUCGACGUUUGAACUAA